GCCAGUGAUGAUCGAAUAAUAGAACAUCAAUGUGCUGCAUUUGUGAACAUCUUUGAUGCACCAUAACACAGGGUAUAUGUAGAUGUAUACCAUGGAGUUAGCGAUAUGGAUAUUUAUUUUGAUUUUUAUUCCUACAUUUCAAACUACAACAGAGAAGGAGUAUAUCUAUGUUGAAAAGGAAAUGACAUGGAGUGAUGCACUUGACUUCUGUGAACGAAAUAAUUCGGUAUUGUCAGCCUUGAACAACGAAGACAUUGCAUCUAUAGAGACAUGUAACCAAAGCAGUAAAGAAUUAUGGACAAGUUCCUUUCUAUAUGCAACCUCCUACUUAUCCAUAAUGGGUUGCUUCAGAAAUACAAGACUUAACUUUUCAAGUUUAAUGAGACCUUCUAUACUGGAUUGUCAAGAUAUGUGCUCCAAUUCAUCUGCAUUCGCUAUCAUGAAUAGGUGGUGUGCUUGUUUAGAAGACAAUUUCAGUUUUAUGGAAACCGAGGAUGCCAAUGCAUGUAAUAUUACAUGCGAUGGUAUAUUUUUCUGUGGAGGGAAAGAUUCCAUGAAUAUAUACUCCGUCGUUGGAGAAGAUUUCUUUGGUAUGAGACAACAUCUAACUAACCCAGAUUUUGAUAACUCAUGUCUCUCGUAUCAGUGUUUACCUCUAACUAACGAAUACCGGUAUCUCUACAAAGACGUGGAUUGUAACUCUGAAGAAGUCAGUGGAGCAGCUUGUAGUACUUUUUUCUCCUGCACAUUUGAACCUGGAGAUUCCUGUUUUCUCUCUCAAGUGAAAAACGACAACCUUGAUUGGAUAAUUAGCGGAAACGCCCUCGCUGGAGCACAAAAAGCUUAUCAAGGAUCGAAUUUUGCCUUUGUAAACGACAGCAGUGACGAUAGACCAGGAGAUCGAGCAACUCUUAGGUCAAAUAUAGACUUUCCUGACUUCAACGGCGGUGAUUGGUGUCUACGAGUUUGGGUUUUUCAGAAUAUUUCUGCUGGUGGACGUUUUCACGUAUACAUCAAGAACUCUGACUUAAAUAAAAUACUAGAAUUGUACAAUCAAACAUUGUCUGCCGGACAAUAUACAGAAUGGAAAUAUUCCGAAAUAGAUAUCCUGCUUCAAAAGAACGAUAUUAUAAAGUGA